AUGAAGAACGCCUACUGCGAGGACGGAGGAGUACAACUUGAAGGCUCCCAAAUCGUGGAAACUUCGUCAUACGUAUACCUCGGGCAUUCUAUUAACAUGGAAAACGACUUGAAGGAAGAACUGAAUAGAAGAAUGAGAGCAGCAUGGGCAGCACUCGCAGCCGUCAGGGACGCUACGGACCAACUCACGGACAAAGAUCUUCGUGCCCAUCUGUUCGACUCGAAAGUUCUUCCAGCGCUCUGUUACGCAGCGGAGACGUAA